UCCCAUGAUGCAUUAGAGUCACCAUAUUGCUUUAUGGAAACUGGAAAAAGCAGCUCUCAUCAAACGUCGAAUCGUUUGUUUAUAUUUUGACUAGUUUGUUAUCAGUCUAUGGUUACAAAGAAAUGAGUGAUUCUUGAACAAGCAAAUAUAAAAUGGAUCCAGAAUAUGAAAAAAGGCUUCUCAGACAACAGAAUGGUCAGGUGUCCCCAUAUGCUUCACCCCUUUCAUUGAGUCCUAGUCCAGUUGCAUCCCCUAGUAAAGAUAAAUAUGGAGAUAGAUUCAUUCCCAGUAGAGCUGGGGCAAGUUGGCACAUCAAUUUCAACAUGUCAAAGGAAAGUCCUAUACCUUCACCAACACCUAGUACCAAAUCAAAGGAACAGACCACCAGUGACAAUGUUAAAGAUGGACUUGCAUACUCUUGCCUUUUAAGAAAUGAAUUACUGUCUGCUGGAAUUGAAGAUCUGAAGGAUCAACAACCAGAUGAAAGAAGAAUUCUGGUUCCAAAAGAAAGUAAAAAUUUAUUUAGGUAUCAUGUACCCAGAAGAAGUCUGGACUUUAGCGAUUCAUCACCAUAUUCAUUAUCACCAGUUGGUAGUAAAAGUCAGAAACUCCUGAGAUCACCGCGCAAGGCUGUCAGAAAGAUAUCUAAAAUACCAUUCAAAGUUCUGGAUGCCCCGGAGUUACAGGAUGACUUCUAUUUGAACCUUGUGGAUUGGUCAUCACAGAAUGUAUUAAGUGUGGGGUUGGGAACAUGUGUGUAUCUGUGGAGUGCAUGUACUAGUCAGGUAACCAGACUCUGUGAUCUAUGUAAUGAUGGCGACACUGUAACAUCAGUAUCAUGGUCUGAAAGAGGUCAUUUGGUAGCUGUAGGGACACACAAAGGUUAUGUACAAAUUUGGGAUGUAGCUGCUACUAAGAAACUGAAUACGCUUGAGGGCCAUAGUGCUCGAGUUGGAGCUCUUGCUUGGAACACUGAUGUGCUCUCAUCAGGAAGUAGAGACAGACUGAUUCUGCAAAGAGACAUACGAUCACCUAGCUUAGUACCCGAACGCAAAUUGAGUGGCCAUAGACAGGAAGUUUGUGGACUGAAAUGGUCACCAGAUCACCAACAUUUAGCUUCAGGAGGCAAUGACAAUAAACUGUAUGUGUGGAAUAUGAACAGCACAAGUCCUGUACAGACAUACAAUGAACAUUUAGCAGCUGUGAAAGCCAUUGCCUGGUCGCCCCACCAACAUGGGCUGUUAGCCAGUGGUGGGGGUACAGCUGACCGAUGUAUUCGCUUCUGGAACACGCUGACUGGUCAGCCACUCCAGUGUGUAGAUACAGGAUCACAAGUGUGCAAUCUAGCUUGGUCAAAACAUUCAAAUGAAUUGGUCAGUACUCAUGGUUAUUCACAGAAUCAGAUACUUGUCUGGAAGUAUCCUUCAUUAGUACAGAUUGCGAAACUUACGGGACACACAUACAGGGUACUCUAUCUGGCAAUGUCACCAGAUGGAGAGGCAAUAGUAACCGGUGCUGGAGAUGAAACUCUACGUUUCUGGAAUGUAUUCAGUAAAACAAGGUCGACCAAGGAGUCAAAGUCGGUGUUGAAUCUCUUUACACGGAUCCGUUGAUGAAUGUAAAUUUUCUGUGUACAAGGGCUAGCAAGACACAUUGACACUGAGUGUCACAUGUUGUGCCAAAGUAUUACAUUGUCAAAAUGAUAGCAACAGUCAGCAAGGACAGAACCCAGCAAUUUACACCGCUCAUUACAACAGAACUUUGCACAAAAAAUUGGACACUCAACCAUUAUUAAAGAAUGCGCCAUAUACUAGGCUAGGGGGGAAUGGUAUAUCAAUAUAUGAAAAAUUUCAGUGUGAACGUCAGAAAUGAUGCACUGUUUUUAGUGAUAUCAAUGUCAUUCUUACAACUAGAGAGUUGAUUUAAUUGAUGCCAUUUUGGAUCAUAAAUGCUGAAAAACAUAACAAUACCGAACCAGUGCAAUCCUAGUACAUCUGAUAAUGCAUAUUUGAAUCUCUUGAGGCUAGCAAGCUGGCAAAUUUCCGUGUCAUGUGUAUUUUAUUUGUCAGUUAUUCAUUGUCUGUCAUUCAGUAGAAAACACAGUGCUCCAGUUUUCCCGUAUAAACUUCAUAGAUGUACUUGCACACAUCUUUUACACCAGAAAAAAAUCUAGUUUGUACACCUGGUAUUCAUUUCAGAAAAAAUAUAAUAGGAUUUGUCAGUAAAGUUUUGUAAAGGGGAAUGGUGUAGUAGAAGUGGUGAUUUGUAGUCAACUUGCUACUGAUAUUUGCUGUAUUUCUCAUUCAACUAUGUAAUGCUGUUUUGUGUGUCCAUUUAUGUGCAAGUGUUUGCUACUGCCAGGUGCAAUUCAUGACUUGUUUACAUUUGUCAACAAAAUUUGUGACUCCUGAUUAAUGUUACUCACACCUGAUGUCCGGUGUUUGAAUCACCUUGGUUUUUGUUCUGCAGGUAUUUCAACCCAAGGAGAAGAAUAUGUUCACUUAUUUAAUGUAAAGUUUACCAGGCAGAGAGCAUGCCAUGUUGUUAACAGUUUUCUUGCAUACACGUUUUUAAUUUAUUUUCCCCUUUUUAUUAUAUAUAAUACCCUGAUAUUGAGUUGUUGUUUUGCUGGCAAAAAUACUCUGGCAACAAACAUUGUAUGGCUCAGAGAGAGAAAAAAAAAUCUGCAAAAUUAUACAAAUAUAUAAACUAUUAAUAUAUGAUUGUUGACCAAUAAAUAAGUCUGAAUAUUGUAGACUUUUCAACAUACACUACCUAAAGUGUCCCUGGAAAAGAUCAGAUUGUUCAACAUUUUUGCUAUUUCAUUUCUCAUCCUUAUCAAAUCCCAUAGUUCAUACCGAUAACAUUUAUUAGGCUGCCAGGCAUGGUGUGUUGUCCCAACAUGUAAACAAAUCACAGUUUUAUCAAGUCAAUAAUUUUGGUGCUAUUUUGUUGAGAUUUUUGUAAGUAUUGGAUGUAAACUUCUUUACCAUUGCUGCCAUAAUCUUAAAAAUUGUUGCUUGAAACAAUUGAAUCGGGAACAAUAGAGAUGUAUUGUAUUUUUUUUGCGACCAUUCAAGAAUUUUCAGUUCCCCAAACUUUCCAUGUUCAAGUCAAAAUGCUUUUAAGUUAAUACUGAGGUAUGUAUGCAUUCAUUUAUAUUUCACAAAUAUUUAAUGGCCAGUUCUUACAUUAGAAUGAAAACUUAUCAAUAAUAAAUUUUCUUUAGAUACUCGCAUCAUGACAGGAUAUAUUUUAAUGAUAAUAUAAGUAAAAUGUUCAUUUGUUGUAUUAUGGUGAUAUUAUGUAACACUGGCUUUAACAGCUGAAGGAUAUAAUUGACAGUGUUGAAGUUUAUUAAAAAGUAAAACUAUUUUAAUUUAAUAGGAUAUUUUGUAUUUUAACACUCAGUGAGAGUUGGAAAACUACAUUGGAGACUUAUCCAAAUCUAUUUUCAUUGAUUUUAAGAAGUGACGCGGAGAUUUGGAAAAAUUAUAGAACAAUGCUUUUAAGUUAAUUUGAUGGUUUUAUUGAGAAGUUUUUAAUGAAAAAGUACACCAUUGUUUCCUUAAGAUUUAUUAGAAAUUGAUUUUUUUUAUUCAACGACUGAAGAAAUUUAUUAAAUAAUAAUUUUCUUUGGCAAAAUUGAUUACUUGCAUAUCUGCAUAUGUUAUAUUUCAUUAUCUUCAAACAAAAUUACUCCCAAUUUUACCAGUUAUUUCCACCAGGACAUGCAAGAACCAUAUGCAUAGCACUGAUCAUUUAAUCUUCAUUACAUUUAGAUUGUUGGGUGUUUGUUCAUUAAGGGACUUAGUUGAGUGUAUGAUGUUUUGUCAGGGAAUGUGUAUAGGUACAUGUGCAUUGAAAGGUACAGUAUCGGAAAACUUAAUAAAAAAGAUUAUUGAAAAUA